ACCAUCAGACCCAAGGAAGGCUGGCAGGUGUACAGUUCAGCGCAGGAUGCUGACGGUCGCUGCAUCUGUACGGUGGUGGCACCAGAACAGAACUUGUGCUCCAGAGACGCAAAGAGCAGACAGCUCCGCCAGUUACUGGAGAAGAUUCAGAACAUGUCGCAAUCGAUCGAAGUGCUGAACCUGAGGACCCAGAGGGACUUCCAGUAUGUCAUGAAAAUGGAGAGCCAGAUGAAAGGACUCCGAUCAAAGUUCAGACAAAUCGAGUCGAACCGAAGAACAUUAUUGACUAAAAACUUUCAGGAGCUGAAGGGGAAGAUGAAUGAACUGCAGCCGCUGAUUCCAGUGCUGGAGCAGUACAAGACUGAUGCCACACUCAUUUCCCAGUUCAAGGAAGAGAUCAGGAACCUGUCUCUUGUGCUGACUGCUAUCCAGGAGGAGAUAGGAGCGUAUGAUUAUGAGGAACUCCAGCAAAGGGUCCUCGGCUUGGAGGGAAGACUGAGGAACUGUAUGAACAGACUCACCUGUGGUAAGUUGAUGAAAAUCACGGGGCCCAUCACUGUAAAGACAUCAGGAACGAGGUUUGGAGCUUGGAUGACAGACCCUCAGGCUUCACCUAAGAACAAUAAG